AAGUACAAUGGGUCAGACAUUAAAUUAUUGAGGGACCAAUCAGAUCGAGUCAAUUUACUCUUUAAUGCGUGCGUGAUCAUUCGCACGUAAACACAUGCGUGCCCUGCGUUCAGCGCUCGUUUUAUUUCCACCGCCGGCGCGAUGCGGAGUUGAACAAAAUCAUCUAGCGACGGGAGCGGUGGAAAUGAGCAACGGAAUUGAUUGUGAUAGCAGCGAAAGUCGCUGUGUCAACAUGGUCGAUUGGCCCCAUCUGAGAAGAGUGAAUUCGGUGUUCCCUCCGUUUUCAGAAGACGAUGAAUUGGAUGGCAAUGAUGGUGAAAACGGCUGCCAUUCUAUUCUUCGCAAGCAUCACUCGCUUCCUGCACCGAGGAAAAAAUCCGUGCAGUUUGCGGAUGGCUGCGGGAAGCCGCUUGUUUCUGUUUACAGUGAUGAUGAAUAUAACAUACACGUGGCAUUACAAAUGACCAAAAGGGAGCUCCAGCGAGCGAAGAAGACAUUACAUGUAUGUUUCGCACAACCGGUGGCUUCGGAAGACUUCAGAGACAAACUAGAGAUUCAGACUGUGUGUCUGGAAAACGCUGUGGCUUCGCAAAACUCUAUCUGGGGAACGAUAAAGGUUAAAAACAUUUGCUUUCAUAAAAGCGUCUGUGUGAGGUACACAUUAGAUGCCUGGAUUUCAUCCACUGAUUUGCAAGCGGUUUAUGUGCCUGAAUCAAACGAUGGUGCAACGGACAGAUUUUCGUUUGCGCUAACACUUCCAGAAUAUUUUCUCGCUUCCGGAGGAGUACUGGAGUUUGCAGUUCGCUUUCGGGGUGAAGGUAUGGAGUUUUGGGACAAUAACAGCAGUCAGAACUAUCGCAUCGAGUGUCGAGAGGCUCCUGCUUCGAACGGUGGUUUCAAUCGAAUGGCAAACCUUUUUAACUGUACACGGUAAACAGGUCGAAGCGAACAUCGGUAUUCUGUUCCAGGACAAAAGUGGAAAGGACAAUGGCACAUCCAUUGUGGGCCUGAAAGUAACACAUGCAUGGCCUUUUGUAGUAGGUUUUAUUUCUCCACUUCGCCAUCAACAGGAAAAAGAUAUAGAAAAAACCAAAGCCAUAACACUAGAAAGAACAGUGUAAAUUUUUGGGGUCCAAUCUUGAAACUGAAAGAUAUUAUGAUAAUGUGUUCUUAUGCAAACCCAUCAAGCGAGAUAAACAUGUCACAAGUCUCAUAUUGCGUGAGUUAGAGCUCGUCCCUGUGCUCUGUGUUGUGGGUUUAUUGUAAGAUCAUAAUAUCUGUUUUAAAACAUGACAUCUGCAAGUGAUCGCAUAUUUUUUAACCUUUUAAGCUUUUAAAUUUCAUCUAUCAAAUGGCUGUGGGAUCAGCAUUCCAAGGAACAUUACCACUUGUUCGACUUGCCAUGUUUUAUAACUGGCUAUAAGAAACAUACAAAUAAUAAGGAUUAAGAGUUCUAAAAAGGUUAAUAG